AAAAAAAAAAAAACCUCUCAUAGUAGUUUCAUAGUCGCCACUUUCCAUCCGAAAAAAAGAAAAAUAAAAAGGUUUUCACAGCCUCAUAGUCUAGGUAGGAUUUCACAAGAAAAAAGAAAAAAAAUGUCUAGGUAGGGGAGAGAGAGACAGAGUCUUUGUUGUCUUGCUUGUUUUUGUUUUAAGUUCCUGAUUCUUUUCCCUCAUUUUCCAUCUUUUCUAACCUAACCAGUAAUCAUCCACCCCAUCUAUCUAUCUAAUCUAAAGUCGAAGCCACCCAUCCCAAUUCUCUUUCCCUUUCCGGUAUGAGCUUUAUUAACACUAAGCAGCUCUGUCUAUCUUUAUAUCAUCCAUACUUACAUUCAGAUCCAUUCUAAACGAGAAACAAAGAGAGAGAUCAGUGUCUCUGAGGGAGGCCGUGAAACAAUGGCCGAAACGACGACAGGGACGACAGAGGGAGUAACGUUGGAGCACACGCCAACAUGGAUUGUGGCCGUCGUCUGCAGCGUUAUCGUCGCCAUUUCUCUCGCCGUUGAAAGGAUCCUUCACUAUACCGGAAAGUAUUUGAAGAAGAAGAACCAGAAACCUCUCUCUGAAGCGUUGCAAAAAGUUAAAGAAGAAUUGAUGCUCCUAGGGUUCAUUUCCCUUCUUCUGACCGUAUUCCAAGUUCGGAUAGCUAAAAUUUGUAUGCCCCCAAGUUGGGCCGUUCACAUGCUUCCAUGCAAAAAGGAAACUAGUGCUACUACUACCGCUGGAGAAACCACGGCCCAUUAUCAAACCUCCUUCUCUUCUUUUGUUUUUGGGACUGGAAGACGCCUCCUCUCAUCCUCAACGGAUUCGGGCUAUUGUGAAAACAAGGAGAAGGUACCACUUUUAUCUACUGAAGCAUUACAUCAUCUGCAUAUAUUUAUCUUUGUGCUAGCAAUUGUCCACGUGACUUUCUGUGUCCUUACCAUUCUUUUUGGAGGAGCCAAGAUACGUCAAUGGAAGCACUGGGAGGAUUCUAUUUCCAAAGAUAAAUAUGAUCCAGAUGAGGUUUUGAAACCAAAGGUCACUAAUGUGCGUCAACAUGCUUUUAUCAGAGACCAUUUCCUGGGUAUGGGGAGAAACUCAGCAGUGCUGGGUUGGCUGCAUUCUUUCGUCAAGCAAUUUUAUGGAUCUGUGACCAAAUCAGAUUAUAUGACACUAAGGCUGGGUUUCAUUAGGACUCAUUGCAGGGGAAACCCAAAGUUUAACUUUCACAAGUACAUGAUACGUUGCCUUGAAGCUGAUUUUAAGAAAGUCGUCGGAAUAAGUUGGUAUCUUUGGAUUUUUGUGGUCAUCUUCUUGUUGGUCAAUAUUAAUGGUUGGCAUACAUAUUUUUGGAUAGCAUUUAUUCCUUUCAUUCUCCUACUUGCGGUGGGUACUAAGCUGGAGCAUGUAAUUACUCAGUUGGCCCAUGAAGUUGCUGAGAAACAUGUAGCCAUUGAAGGGGAUUUGAUAGUUCAACCUAAAGAUGCUCACUUCUGGUUCAGUCGACCUCGAAUUGUCUUGUUUCUAAUCCACAUUAUCCUCUUCCAAAAUUCUUUUGAGAUUGCUUUCUUCUUCUGGAUAUGGGUUCAAUAUGGCUUUGAUUCCUGCAUUAUGGGACAAGUUGGUUACAUUAUCCCAAGGCUCGUCAUUGGUGCUUUCAUUCAGGUACUCUGCAGUUACAGCACCCUGCCACUUUAUGCCAUUGUCACACAGAUGGGAAGUUCGUUUAACAAAGCUAUAUUUGAUGAGCAUAUACAAGAGAAAGUAGUUGGCUGGCAUCAGAAGGCAAGAAGGAACAAGGGGUUGAGAGCUGCUGCUAAUGGUUCCAGCAAUGUGGGUUCCACAGACGGUUCUACAGUAGGAAUUCAGUUGGGGAAGGUGACACAAAAAGAAUCUGCAAUGGAAGAGGGGAAAGCUCAGGCAGUUGAGCCCUCAUCUACCUGAUCAGGUGGACGGACCCAAGUGAAGAGCUCCAUGAAUGGAAAAUAGCUAAAACUAACCACUGGACUCCCGAAUGAAUGCAUGAUGUUAAAUACUGGUUCAUGAUCAGCUUUCCAAGAAUACAACAAUAAAGUAGUUUAUGUAAAUAAUAUUCCAGUUUUUGUUUUUUUGGUCACUUUUGGGGAUUUUUUUUUUUUUUUAUUCUUCACUUUUGGGUAUUGAAAGUUUGAAACCAUAUAAUACCUGGUUGCAGGAUUGAUAUCAAACAUAAUGGUAUUUUGGCGGCUCGAAAUUGGUAAUUCUGUACAACAAAUAUCAUGUUUUAAAAUUUCUAGUGAUUGAUAUUUAUAUUGAA